UGGGGUUAUGCAAUAACCAAGGUUAACAACGAGGAAACCGGUCAGUGACGUCAGGUAAGCACGUGACCGAAUGGGAGGGGCGAGUGGAGGCAAGGUGCGGAGCAGAGCCCGCAGAGGGCAUUAACAACCCGUCGGCGAACGAGCGACAACGCCAACAACAGCAGCUUGUGGUAAAGUGCUAUUAGUAAAUUUCUUUCUUUCUCUGUUUGUGAGUUAACUUGGCUGGUAUUCACAUCAUUAUGAACGAUAACCCAAAGGCAAAGGAAACUCAAGCGUCUAGUUCGGACAACCUGGCGACCACGGGCAUUUCAUGGGAAGCCGCUUUCAAAUCAGCGGAGUUUGUCAGUGGUUUUAAAUCCUUAGUGAAUGAAGUGCUUCACGAGGCAAGAGGGCCUGUAGAACGGGCCCAACAACUAGAGCAGCUCGGAGACCCGGCGCGCACUUUUCGAAAUGACCCAGCGACGGAUCCAAGUCAAGGUAUGUUGAAUGUCCCGUCAUUCAUCCCAACUAAUCAGGAUAGUGCACACACGGGUCCCCCAGCCAACAACCAAUCGAACAUAAAUUCUGCUGUAGAUAACCAAACUGUCGAACAGUUAAAUCGCCCUAGCACGGUCGGGGCGUUGUAUAAUGCUAGCCCUGAAAGCGCCUUUGUCCUCGGUCCUGGCCGGUCGCCAAUCCCGGCCAAGCUGGUGAAAAAGAUCGUGUCGCACGAAUUUAUUGAUUUAUCUGAACUGAUUCCUGAGAAUCUAGAAGAACCGCCAAACGAGUUGCCCUCCUUUUCUAUAGUGGGGGCCCAAAUUGUUACUAAACCACAACCGGGGAAAAAACGGGACAUCUCGGACAUUCUUACCUGGGUGGAAUGCUUUAACAGUUACACGGCCGUCCUCACCAGCUUUUUCCCGACGCGCGCUCGCGACCUGUUAGCGUACAUGGCGCUAAUAAUUCGCACAUCGAAGCGGUUCGGUGGCAUGGGCUGGUUUCAUUACGAUCGCGCAUAUCGCCGAGAAGCUGCGGCUAGCAACAGUCGCGAUUGGAGCAUGAUGAGGCCCGACUUGUAUCAUUACCAUACCGCGGUGACUAAUACUCGACAGCUGGACCUGAUUAAAAAGGAUACGCCCCCCAAUACGUCAGGUAACCGGAGCUUUCGCGAAGAACCCCGGGGAAGUUCCACCGGUCGGCUACUCUGCCACUCGUGGAAUGCCGGGUUUUGCAACAGCAAUCAACAGAUAUGUCGCUUCCGCCACAUCUGUUCGUUCCCAGACUGCCAGGGAUAUCACCGGUUGCUCGAGCACCAGCGCCAUGUGUCCGCAAAGCGAAACCGAUCCCCCGAACGUCGCCCCAAGGACUCUCGUCGAGCCUUCUCUCGAUAAACAAUCCAACCCCUCGCUUAGUA